AUGGACGCCGCGGACGCCGUCAAGUCGCAGGAUCAGCGGUCGGUGGCCGCUCAGGAGACGAUGGAAGUUCUGUACGAUCUAUCGCAGCUGCUCAACACGGGCCUGUCGCGCGAGCAGCUCCGAGCGUGCGUGGAGCUGGUCGACAGCGGAGUGAAUGCCGAAGCGGUCGCCAUGAUCGUCAAGAUUCUCCGUCGAGAGGCGUCGAAGCGCUAG